UCUUCUGAACACCCGCUCCGCCGUGUCUAGCGGAAUCGAACAGGCGACCGUUUUGCUCAAAGUACGCAUCGUAUUUAGUCUUCGUUCACAGUUUGGAACGUGUGGACAAGCUCAUCGACACCGACGAAUCGGCGCAUGAUAAUCGUAAAACUUUUCGUUCACCCCGCGAAGAAAAUUGCGGUACGGAGCGCAAAUUGUGCGGCGAUUGCGCGUCAAUCCUUCCCAGUGCACACCGCGCCGUGCGCUCUGCGCAUGCGCGAUUGGCGUUGUAGUAGUUCUCGAGUAAACUCCCUUGUCCGCUCCGCAAAAUUUUUUGCUCCGCUCGCACAGGCUGAACUGUGCAGCACAAUUUGGUAGCACCAUGAAUCCGCAGCAGCAGGCCGGCAUGCCCGACUACAAGCACAAGGAUGUCAUACUGGAUACCAUCGACCAACUUCGCAAGCGCAAGGCGCGGCCUGACUUGGAUCGCAUUUGUCACAUGCUCCACCGGCGGCAUGGCCUGGGCAAAGCGGAGGUCCAGUGUGAACUAGACAAGCUCGUCGAAGCGGAGAUCGUAAUCAAAGUGGACUACAAAGGCAACACCAGUUACCGCAACGCUGCAAAAUGGGUUCGUUUCAACAAGUCUGUUCCGAUCGAGCCGCCGACAACGGUAGCUACCACGCUGAAAGUAACCCGGAUGAUCGGCGACGCGGUUCGGGAUAUGUGCCGCGCAGAGCAGGACCGUGCAACGGCCGGUGUGUUGCCGCAAGAGAUCGAAGCAUUUUUGCAACGUAAAGACCCUACUUUUCGCCUCACUCGGGGUGCACUUGACUUGGCGCUGAGCAACGAGGUCACGGCGGGAAACCUCGUCCGUCUGCCGGGCGGGAGGUUUGCAGUGACCGAAGAUGCGAGCCCACCUGCGACAGACGCGUCGCCGCCGUCAACUGAUGUCAAGUCCGACACCGUGGUGCACGAACCGGACGGCAAUGCUGUCAUUGUGGAAUCUGCGGCCAAGCAUGCUUUUAGCCCAAGCAAGCGGAUACGGCCACUCAGUCAGCGGAAGAGGAUCAAGAAGACUCAUGGCCCGGAUUUUGUGGAAAACUUGGACAGUCCAACCAUGGACACUACGGAGUCGUACGACGGUGACGACGAGCCCCUCUGCUUCAUUUGCGGCCUUUCUGGAGCAGCAAAUUCAAGUGGGGAAUCUGAAGCCCUCUUGAUUUGCAGAGACUGCACUGCAAAAGCACAUCCGUCUUGUAUGAACUAUACUCCAGAGGUGGCCGCAGCUGCUCGCCUGUCGUCGUGGCAGUGUGUCGACUGCAAGAUGUGCAUAUUCUGCGGCGGCAAUAAUGAUUCGGAGGAGGUUCUUGUCUGUGAUGCCUGCGACAAGGGAUACCACAUGAACUGCCAUAGGCCCAAGGUUGCUCAAAAGCCUCUAGGGAAAUGGCUGUGCAAGCAAUGCUGUGAGAUUACGGAGAGGAAGACUAAGCCAAAAACAGAUGUCGACCCUGCUGCGGGGCUUCCCACACCAUGUGAUUCUCCUGUACCUGAAGAAGAGCUCAAAGCAUCCGAAGCGGAGCGUAAUGCUGAACUGUCUCUGUAUUUUAGUGCACUCGACCAGUAUCCCGACUGUGUUCCCGAUGCUAAAGAUUGGUCCAUCACAGAAGUUGAGAGGUUCUUGGUUCAUGUUGGGUUUCCUGAGCAAGCAAACGCAUUUAAAGAUCAGGAAAUUGAUGGACGGUCCCUCCUGCUCAUGAAGCGUAGCGACGUCUUGAUGGGGCUGUCGAUCAAGUUAGGACCAGCGCUCAAGAUUUACAACCACAUCAAGAGGCUACAGACUGGCCUUCCAAACGGGCACUUGUAUUGAGUCCCGCUACACAUAGGUCUACAGAUACUGCUCACGGAAGCCAUGCAACCUCAAAUGAGACGUAGCGUGGUUGCACUGUAGGUUUCAAAGUGUCGACUUUGAAUUGUUCAAAAUAGCUCAAGGUUAUGGACUGUUUCAAGAGACCGUUGUGUCACGUUGCUCCGCAGAUGUGAAAAACGUUGUGGCAUGUUGCCAUUUUCUACAUUAUCUUCGUUGCAUUAUUCUGUGCCCAGUGUUUCUGCUUUCAUUCUUGUCAUUUUUGUUGUAUCUUUGAGAUAAGUUUUGAAAUGUGUGCCAAAUGCGGGUCUACUGGGAUGUGACGACUCCAGUUUGAGAUUGUCAAAUUCCGUGGGCUGGAAUAUGCCACAGCGUGUGAGAAAAGUAAUAAAGUGUGAGAGGGGGAACACUGCGCGUUUUUGUGCUCAA